GGGCUGUGAGGCCUCCUCCUACAAAUGACAAAACUGAAACUACUAACUUGGACCUACUUUAACUUUGUGUGCUCUCCCUCCAUAUGGACUCUGAAAGAGACUGGAGCACAUAAGCUGUUUUUCUUUACAAGUUAAGCUGCAAAGAACAAGCGGUCUGGGAACUUCUCCAGGUUUUGCCUGCACUCUGGUUUCUCCCGCAUUCCUCUUUGUUGCAGAAACAGAUGCUUCUUCCUGUUCACCUGAAAACCUCCUGUGACCUGCUGACUGCUCUGAGAAACAGCUCUCUUGGUUUAAUUUUACCGUUUCAAGUGAAGACCUCCUCCUCAUCAUGUCCUCUGACCCGUACAUCUUCACCACCGACACUCUACCCAGUGAUAUCCGCUUCCUCCCUCCUCUGGCCAACGGCCUUCUGGGCUGGAGAGUGUACAACAAUAUCAUGCACAUGGGUGGUGUUUAUAAUGGGGAGGGUGGACGCUGCCACAGAGCAGAUGUCCCCUGUCCUCUGGAUGUGAAGCUGGAGACAGAGGAGCCUGUCCAGCACACCUACAGCCUGAACACCCACACAGGUAUUUUUACUCACACCCUGAGCUCAGCCAGCGUCACCGCCUCACAGUCUUUGUACUCUCACCGGUACUACUCCAACCUGAUGGUGAUGGAGGUUCUCCUGGUGCGGCAGGUGACUUCAGAGCAGCCGAUCACAGUUAACCUGGUCACAUCAUUCACACCUCAAAGCAAAGACAUUGUUUUCCAGUCAGGUCCUGAAUACAAAGGAGGAAGCCACAUCCUAGGACAGACGAAAACAGCCGAGUUCCAAGGAGGCUCUUGUCCCACAGUGCACCUGAUCUGGAGCCCUAUUCCCCCCAGUCUGACGCUGCUGCCAGAGCAGAGCCAGGCCCGCUGGGGCUUCAUCUUGGUUGUGGCCAACAGUUUAGAAUCCGCUAAGGCCAGUUUUGAUGAAGGCCUGAGUCUGAUGGCGACUGGUAACCUGCGGCCGUCUCAUGAGAAGGCCUGGAAGGAGCUGUGGCUGCAGAGCAAGGUGGAGGUAACAGGAUCAGAGAGCCUCUGCAAGGCUCUGAUUGGUUGCAUGUUCUACCUCCUCAGUGCCUUCCCGUCCAUACACGACACCUCCAGCUCUUUUGGUGGCGUCAGUCCAGGUGGGCUCUCUAAUGGUGGAGACGGUCAGGACUACUGGGGCCAUGUUUUCUGGGACCAGGACAUUUGGAUGUAUCCUGGGAUUGCGCUUUUCUACCCCAAGUUGGCCCGAGCUGUGCUGGAGUACAGAGUGGGGACUAUAGACGGUGCCAAAGACAAUGCAGAAAAGCAGGGAUACAAGGGACUAAAGUUCCCGUGGGAGAGUGCUGUUUCAGGGAGAGAGGUGUGUCCGGAGGACAUUUAUGGACAACAAGAGAUUCACAUCAAUGGAGAUGUCACGCUGGCCUUCCAACACUAUUUCUACCUCACUGAGGAUCUGUCCAUGUUCAAAGAGAGACGUGGCAGCGACGUGAUCUACGGUGUGGCUGAUUACUGGGUUUCCAGGGUGACGUGGCACCCUGAGGACCAGAAGUAUCACCUCCUGGGUGUCAUGCCACCUGAUGAAUACUACCACAAUGUCAGCAACUCUGUGUACACAAACACAGUGGCCAAAUUCAGUCUCCAGUUUGCUGUAGAGGUGGCCAAUCUCCUCCAACAUCCUGUUCCGAAGGAAUGGAAAGAAGUGGCCGAGCACAUCAAGAUUCCUUUCGACGAGGAGUCUCAGUACCAUCCUGAGUACGACGACUAUGUUAAAGGUCACCCAGUGAAGCAGGCAGACACGGUGAUGUUGGGUUAUCCUCUUGGACUGGAGAUGUCCCCGGAGGUCAGGAGGAACGAUCUGGAGGCAUAUGAGCCGGUAACAGACCCUCAUGGUCCCGCCAUGACAUGGGGUAUGUUUGCAAUCGGCUGGCUGGAGCUCGGAGAGGCAGAGAAAGCUCAGCGUUUGCUUGAGAAGUGCUUCAACAACAUCCAGGGGCCCUUCCAGGUGUGGAGUGAAUCAUCAGACGGCUCUGGUGCAGUCAACUUUCUCACAGGUAUGGGAGGAUUUCUGCAGGCCGUGCUGUUUGGUUACACUGGUUUCAGGGUUCAGAAAGAUUUCCUGGCAUUUUCGCCACUUCUUCCUAAUGACAUUUCUGAGCUGUGUAUCCGUGGCGUGAACUACCUGGGCAGUCAGAUGGACUGGCUGCUGAGGAAAGACGAAGUCUGUAUCAUACUGAGGGAACAGUCAGGCACUGCUGGCAACACUAAGCCCCAUAAUCUACAAGUUGUCUUGAAGGCAUCAGGCACCAAAAUCCCUCUCACGCCAGGGCAGCCAGUGACCUUUCCCCGAGAGUCCGGCUACGUUUGUAAGCUGGAUUCCACACUGGAUUCUUCCUGCUGGCCUUUCUGAAAUGGAAGCAUCCAUUCUCCACAUCUGUCCCUUUACCGAGGAUUAAAAACACAAGUUGUUUGAUAUCCAAGUUCUACUAUGUUGUGUGUAUCCAUUCCUUUGAACAAUUGUUAAUUUUUUUGUGUAAAAUUCAAUAAAAUGUCCAAUUUAAUUCACAGUUUUUGAAUAUAGCUGCCUAUAAAUCACAAUGCAGUGCCACACAUAUAAGCAUAAAGGGUUUCAAAAUGUAAAUCCACUGUUUGUUUUGGUUUAAUAAAAAGAAAAAUGCAUGGAA